GUUCACCAAAAAGAUUAAGUAGAACAUUUAGUACAGUAAAUAAUAAUAAUAAUAGUAAUAUAUCAGAGAGAGUAAAAUUUUUUCAACAAAAGGAUGAGGAAGUAAAACAGCAAUCCUCACCAAUAUCUAGUUCAAGACAUAGUAGAAAAUUAAGUGUAAAUAGUGAUUCUGAUAGUGGUAGUAAUAGUGGAAGUUUUAAUAAAAGCUUCUCAAGUCAAAAACCUCUUAUAAAUUCAAAUUUAAAUAAGCCCAUCCAACAACCUCACAAACCAAUCCCCCAAACAAUAAAUAAAAAUAUACCACAACAAAACGAAAAUUUCCAAACCAAUGGGCCCAAAAGAUCCUCUAGACCAUUACCAACACCACCAAUCUCAAGAAGCACGAGUGUAGAGAGUAAUCUUAGUAAUAUGAGCACCACAAGUGGUCCUAAAGAAAUGCCACCACCCCCACCCCCAAUUGUAAAUGAAACUCAAAAUGAAACCAAUGUAUAUAAUAACAAUUCAAAUCAACAAGAAUCUCAACAACAACCAAUAAAUGUACAGCAACAAGUAGAAUAUUCAGAUAAUAACUAUUUACAUAAAGAUGAUUUUUCAAAUGAAGAUUAUAACCAACAACAAAUUUGUAUAGAAAAUUUAACAAUGACCAAUUAUGAUGGUAAUGAUCAACAGUAUCAAGAGAGUAUUGAUGGAAGUAAUGAUUACUCCCAAGCAAACUAUCAAGAGUUUGAAAACAUCGAUUUUAAAUCUUUUAAAAAGAGACCAAUGGAUCUAGACACUGAGACCGUUUUAAAUGCGAUUGAAGCUUUAGAAGAAUACCAUAGAUCACCAAAUCCAGAAGAAUAUGAAGAUUAUGAAAAUGACAAUGAAAAUGGUGACUUAAUAGAUGUUUCAUUGCUUAAUGAUGUAAAUAGUGCCAAUACCACUGCCACAAAUACAAAUGGGAACUGCAGCAGUAGAAGCAGCAUUGAAAGUAACCAUUCCACAUCUACAUCUGCCUCUGCUUCAUCAGCUUCACAAAUUAAUCAUAGUCAAAAUAAAAUUCCAAUUUCUGCAUCAUCCUCAUCCUCAUCUUCAUCUCUAACAUCGAGCAACAAUAAACCACCAACUCAGCCAAGAUCACAUCCUGUUGCAAAUAGCCAAGGUACAUAUAUUCAUAGAUCGACAUCAUCUACAUCCUCUAUUUCCUCAACAUCAAGUGAUAACGAAGCAACCCAGAAAAAAAUUUUAGACGAGAUAUUAUCAACAGAAGAAGAUUAUUUAAGAGAUUUAGACUUUAUUAUUAAUGAUAUGGUCGAACCAUUAUCUUUAAAAGGAAUAGAUAAACCAACAUUAAUGGGUGUUUUUUCAAAUAUAGAAAUAAUUCGUAAUGUUAGCAAAACCAUUGUUGAUGAUUUAAAAUCAAAUACAUUAAAUUUACAUAAUUUUAUUUUAGUAUUUAAAAAAAUGAGUGCAUUCUUUAAAAUGUAUUCACAAUACUGUACACAUCACCCCAAAUCUAUUCAAAAUAUUAACGAUUUGGUUAAAAACAAUUCAACAUUUUCGCAAUUUAAAAAUGAAAUAGCAAGCAAUCCCAACUCAAGAGGUCUAUCAUUGUUGGAUUAUUUAAUUAAACCCAUUCAACGUAUUUGUAAAUAUCCUUUAUUAUUUAAUGAAUUAAUUAGAACUACUCUAAAGGAUGAUAAAGAUUAUGAAAUAUUACAAGAAGUUCAUGGUAAACUUGUAGAGGUCGCCGAAUUUGUAAAUCAAUGCCAACAUACAAAAGAGAAUAAUGAUAGAUUAUUAGAAAUCCAAAAUAUGAUAGAAGGAGCCCCUUUUACAAUUUUAGAAUCAACAAGAAAGAUAUUAAAAGAGAGUUGGGUUAGAAUUAAAGAAGGAAAGAGUGAUGACUCUCACAGUCGAUAUGUAUUAUUGUUCAAUGAUAAUAUAAUGUUUACAAAAAACUCAUCCUUCACAAAGAAAUAUCAAUUUUCAUUCUGCUUACCAUAUCACUCAACUAAAAUACAAACCUCUGUUAAACCAUUAUCUCUACUUCUCUCUGGCACCAACUCUGAUAAUAUCAAUAUAUCAAUCGAAAUGAUAUUCCAAGAACAACAAGAAAAAGAUGAAGUAUAUCAAUUACUUUUAGAUUUAAUCGAAAAGGGUAAAAGAACUUUAGAAACACUUAAAAGUCGUAGCUCAGUUUUAAUACCAAAAAAUUUAUCUGCCAAUACAAGUCCAAUUUUAAAAUCAACAGUUUCAUCAAAUAAUAUAAAAUCUGGUGGUUCUUUAGGUAAAUCAUCAGGCUCAAAUAUCUUAACCUCACCACCAUUCAUUUCAAAACUAAAUCAACAACAACAACAAAAUCAAAGCCAUCAGGCAUUAGUCAAUCUUUCAAAAAUAAUGAUGGAAGAGGACGCAAAAAAAAGAAGAACUGUUUUAAAUCCAAUUGGAGAUAAAAAUAAUAAUUUAAAAUAA